UUCACCCCUUGAAAACAAAUAUCAAUGAAAUUAAACCAAUCUCGCAAAAUUCACGAAACGAUAAAAAUUUCAAAAAAAAAUCAAGUCAUAAAGGCUAUCCUCGAGAGAGAAAAGAUCACUCGACGAAUGACAGCGCACUUGAUACCAAGAGCAAUAUCGCAUAUAAGCUUUCGGGAAAGUUUGUUCAAUUUACACGAUGGAAGGCUAAGCCCAACCUUGCCCAGUGCAUCUUCCCGAUCACCAUCCAUAACGCGACUUAGAACGUCAAGUGUCGUAACAUUGACCGAGGGAGCAAAAAUCCCGAUACCUCAUCGUAUAGUAAUGGCGAAGAAGGAGGUGGAGGAAUUGAGAAAGAAAUUGGAUAUUUUGCAAAUGUACGUGAGAAAGAGGAAAAUGGACUUGAAGGCUCAAAUAGACGAGAUCGAAAUACGGAUCAAUGAGAUCCAAGAGGCGAAGGAGGAUUUCGAAGUGGAAGUUGUUACGGAAGGCGUGGAUCGAUUGACAGGCAAGAUACCUGCCGAACGAUUGAUCAGGUGAUUGCGCGUGUGAUCGGAACGCGUUGCGACG